AUGGCGUCCCCCAGCGAGCUGUCUCUAGAGGAGAUUCGCCGUUACCUUGUGGAAAACGGUGGCUCGGCUCGCAACCAUGACCUGGUCAAGCACUUCAAGCGACUAUUGACGGACCCGGAGACCCGGGUGGAGGCGCGCAACAAGUUCAAAGAGUACGUCAACACCCUCGCUACUAUCAAAAACGAGGAGGGUGAGAAAUACCUGGUCCUGAAGAAGGAAUACCGCCAAGGUCUCCCAGAAUCCUCGACCACCCGUCCUCGCCUUGGAUCCGGUCCAUCCUUGGACUUGGAAGGAACCUCCACGACUUCUUUCGAUAACUCUAAUCGAGAACCUACAUCCCUAAGAAGACUGGACUUUUCAUCCCCGGUCUCCACCCCCAGCUCUAUUUUAACCACACCAGAUCUUGCGAGUCCAGGAUCUCCUCUUCGGGAACCGCCACCCUACAGACCUCCACCUCCGGCACCUUUUAGUCCUUCGAGUUCGACGUCUCCGUUUCCCUCUCCUUCUCGACAAAAUCUUGCCCAACAUGAUUGCCCCGAUUCACCUCCCAACCGAGCUCCAAAGGGAGAGGUCCUGGAAGAGGAGAACGGCUCUUCGGCUUCGUCGCCGCCGGUCCCACCUCGACGUAAAAGCCAGGAUAAGCUGAAGGUCGAGAACAAGGAGAACAUCGCCGUGGACCGGUUGAUGAUGAACUCUGAAAACUCCAUCAAGGAGGACGAUGCACUCCCGGCAAAUCCUGGACCUGCGGAACAGCUCAGCGUCCGGGAACGGAUGCAGCGUUUCAACCGGAUGGCCAGCGAAACGGACCUUCCUAAUCGGCCGAAUGGUACCAUCACCCCCAUUAAGAAACGCACCGACAAGGGGACUGACGAAGAUGACAGCGCUUCCGUUGCCUCGCAACUGGACGGGAAGUCACGCGAGUGGCUGGUGAGAGCUGCUCAGGGAGAUUACCAGGCACUCGCCAAACUCGCCGCCGAGGAGCCCCGACUCACCAGGCUGAAGGACCCGUCAUCCGGUUACACGGCUCUACACUGGGGCGCCAAGCACGGCGACGAGAACAUCGUCAAGCUCAUCGCGGGGACCUACAAGGACUACAUCAAAGGAGUCAACGAGACCACCAACGGGGGAUACACGGCGCUACAUGUCGCGAUGCAGUUCGACCACGAAAACAUAUUCAACCUCUUGGUCCAAGUGUACGGUGCCAACCAGGAAUUGCGGGACUACAGCGGGAAGAAGGCCCGGCAGUACCUGGCGUCACAGGAGGCGGCUGUGAGCCAGGACACCUUCCGCAAAAUAAAAGCAAGGAAAAAGCAUGCAGAGAAGGAUCUUGGUUUCCUACGAAUUGGCUCGUUGAACGUUCGCGUGAAACGUACGACGGAGGCCUUCAGCCAGUUCCUGGGUGUGGCCAGUAGUGCCGCCAGCAACGCCGAAAAAAUCCACAAGACCUGGGGCUCAGCGGACAACAUUCAGGACCACAAGGUGAUGCCGCCGCCCAAGUACGCGCCCAUCAAGAAGCGGCGCAGCAGGAGAGCCCAGGAUUUCCCUGCUUCCAGGAAUCAACAGCAGGCUGCGAGUCAACCCACCACCCCGACACCCCGUGGGAAAAGCUUCGUUUCCGCGGAACGGCGAAAUUCUGCCGUCAACUCUGCCCCGCCAUCUGGAAUCUCGAGCGACCCUCCGGUUCCUCCCAACGACUCCGACUCGGACACGGCCUGCGGAUUCGAUUCCGCGUGGCACGCACCCGCGCCAUUAUAAACCGCUAUCGAUUCCCGGAAAAGGGAAAAUCCUCCAGGAUACAGACCGAGACCCGUAAUCAGGGGGAUAAGUUGGAGCGCGUCUUCCGAGCUGCACGGUUCGAGGAACCCGGACAAAAGCCACGGUGGGCUCGAUCGAGAUCGAUAACAAUGGCAAUUAAAAUUAUAAUGGGAUAGAUGAUACGAUAGGUCGAAGACACGUGGAAACGACGCGUUUCCACGGGACGACUCGAAAUCUCGACGAUUGGCUAGCCUAGUUUUCGAUCGACAUUCGGGUAUUUUAUCGUUAGCUCGUUAGGGGUAUUUAUUUUCUCUUUGAUGAACGCUUGUUUAGGGAAGCUGGGAUUUGUUUUAAAAGUAGGGAGGCGUUUAGUGCGUUUGCUCUUACAUCUGGGACGGCUUCGGAAGAUGUGAAAGUUCUACGUGUACUCCAGAUCUCUGCUAGCAACGGGGGACAAUGAUUUUUCGCCUCUUAGCGAGAAAGUGUUGGACUUAUUCCCAGCGGGUGUGCAACUUGUUGCCGCGAGAUGUAUCAAUUAUGUUGCAUUGUUGCGUGUACGAAGCGGUUGCGCCGCUUUGCAAAUUAGGUCUGCUCGGGUGAUUCCCAUUCUCGGGGUCUGCGGCUCUCGCGAGAGUUACUUCUAUUUUCGAUGAUUCGAUCAUCGUUGCGUAAUGCCCGGAGCGUGGAUGCACUUUGGUAUUUUCUUAUGUUAUCUAAGGCUGUACCGCACAAAAUGAUAAUUAUAGUCCGGCUGUUUUUAAAAAGGAA